GGCCGGGCCUUCUCUGGAGCUAGUCUCCCACUGGCCGCCAUCGCGGGCCGACCGAACCGGAAAGGAAGCGCAGAAGCUGCAUCGCACGGCUGCGGGAGGCGGGCAGCCCAGAUCCGGGAGCUUAGCGUCCGGGCGCCGGUAACAAGUUGACGCCACCUCCCAGGUGAUGCUGCUGCCACCCCGGCCAUCCACCCUCCGCCCCUCUCCAGAAGCCACGGACCCGCCGCCCACCCUGCGCGCCUCCCCGGAGACCAUGGAACCGCCGCCCACCUCGUCCUCGCCGCCGCAUUACUACCUGCUCAUCGACACGCAAGGCGUGCCCUACAAGUACACGGCGCACCGCAAGGAGGGGCGGCGGCCGCUGGCUGAGGAGCCCGCCCCCGACGGCGGCCAGGAGGAGGAGGCGGAGGCCCGCAGCUGCCCCUGCCCAGAGUGCGGCCGCGUGUGCAGCUCGCCCAUGCAGCUGCAGCGCCACCUCCUGACGCACUCCAUGGUCAGGCCGUUCACCUGUGACACCUGCGACCGCGCCUUCAAGCGCUCCAGCGACCUGGCGCGCCACCGGCGCAUGGCGCACAACACGGUGCGGCGCACGGGCACCGAUCGGCCCUACGUGUGCCCGUACUGCCCGCGCCGUUUCCAGGACACGGCGACGUUGGCUGAGCACGUGCCCACGCACUAGGGGAUGCCACCCCGCGGCCCCGCCCCUCGGGAGCGCCCCGCCCACGGCGAUCGGUGCUUUGGGACAUUGGGACAUAAGGCCGCUGCCUGCCCCCAAGGCCUCCGUUUCCCCGCCUGCCCGAUGGAGUGAUCCCAACCCCUCUGCCCCUCUGUCUAGAUGUGUGGUGGGUGGGCCUCCACUUACCCACAUCGACAGAGUAUUAUACCUUCCCCACUGCUGAUGA